GAUGAUUAUUAUUAUUAUGAACGUCAUGUUGCUAUUGGUGAUAUUCAUGAUGGAUUUGAUGAUGGCGAGGAGGAUGUUAAUGAUGGUGAUGAGGAGGGAGAGGAUGAUGAUGACGGUUCGAGUGCAUAUGAUGUUGAUGAUGAACAGGAGGACGUUGGUGAUGAUGAUGCUGAUGCUGAUGAUGACGAUAAUGGUGAUGGCGAUGUAGUUAAAAAUGAUGAUGUUCAUGAAAUGAAAACUCCGGCCACCAACGCAUCUCUCGUGCCAAUGAUUUGA